AACAUACUUUAGUUACAUAACAAAUGUAACAUAGUUAAGUUAUAUAUCGUAAAUACAGUCGUGAGGACACAGUUUGCCUAAAUAUUUUCUAAAAGAACUAAAAACCGAAAUGGCAACUAAGAAGUUUGCGGGACCAUCGCCGUAUGCUGUUAACGCCACUUACCCGGAAGUCGACUUCAGACACACUGAAUAUUUAAACAACGUGAAUACCAAACAAAGCAGCGCUUCAGUUGCCCCUGUGACGGCUGCAAUCUUCGGUCUUGGCCGCGCUGGUUCCAUUCACUUGAGUAGCAUAAUUCGCAAUCCUCGUGUAGUUUUGAAAUACAUUGUAGAUGAUCGUCAAGAAAGAUUUGUCAAUCUGAAAACAUACUGGAAGCUUGGAGAUGAAGUAACAUUCCUAACGUCGGCUAACGCUGAACGAGUCUACAAAGACAAAUCAGUUAACGCAGUCUUCAUCGGUUCGCCCACGUACACACAUCAUAACAUUGUCGUUAAUUCCAUCGCUAACAACAAAGAUGUCUUCUGUGAAAAACCCAUUGCAGAGACUAUCCAAGAAACUAGAAAGUGCUAUGAUGCUGCUAAAGCUAAGGGUCGAGUUCUCUUUGCCGCCUUUAAUCGACGUUUUGAUCCUGCUUACAAGGCACUCAAAGAGAGAGUCAGACAAGGAGAUGUAGGUCACGUUCAAAUUCUCAAAGUCACCGCUAGAGAUUCACCGUUGCCGUCUAUUGACUAUUUAGCAAGCUCAGGUGGCGUAUUUCAUGAUUGCUUGGUACAUGAUUUUGAUAUGUCAUGCUGGGUACUGGGCGAGCUGCCGAUACGAGUACAAGCAACUGCCUCUGCGCUCAUUCCGGAAAUCAAGGCCAUAGAUGACUUUGAUACAAUUGCCUUCCUUCUGACUUUUCCAUCCGGAGCCGUUGCUAUAGGCGACAACAGUCGUUUUAGUGCAUACGGUUACGAUCAGAGAUUGGAAGUUUUUGGGAAUAAAGGUAUGAUAAAAGUCGAAAAUGAGAGGCCAGCUCACUGUUUUGAGUCAUAUAUUGGACAUGAUAGUGUAAAGCAAAACCCUAUCUACUAUUCAUUCCCGUCACGUUAUAAGAUUGCUUAUCAACGGGAACUUGAACACUUUCUGGAUGUUGUACAGUAUGGAGUGCCGCUUGACGUAACGAGUUGGCAGACACUUGCUGUCAGCAAAAUUGCUACCGCUGCCGAAGAGAGUGCGCGUACUGGCAACACUGUGAAAUUAGAUUGGAGUAACGACGACAUUCCGGUUAUUUAUUCUUAAAAUUAUAAAAGCAUUGCAUUGCACUGAUUUGUAUUUAGUAGGGCG